CCCGAGGCUGGGGCGGUGACCGGGCGCAGCGCACCGCGGCUGCAGCGGGAGCGGAGGAGCGCGCAGAGCCGGCCAUGGGCAAGUCAGCUUCCAAAGAGUUUAAUAAUGAAGUCCUAAAGGCCCACAAUGAGUACCGGCGGCAGCAUGGAGUCCCCCCACUGAAGCUCUCCAAGAAACUCAACCGAGAGGCUCAGCAGUAUUCAGAGGCCCUGGCCAGCACAAGGAUCCUCAAACACAGCCCAGAGUCAAGUCGUGGCCAGUGUGGGGAGAAUCUAGCAUGGGCAUCCUAUGAUCAGACAGGACAGGAAGUGGCUGAUAGAUGGUAUGGUGAAAUCAAGAACUACAACUUCCAGCAGCCUGGCUUUACCUCUGGGACUGGACACUUCACUGCCAUGGUGUGGAAGAACACCAAGACUAUGGGAGUGGGGAAGGCAUCUGCAAGUGAUGGGUCCUCCUUCGUGGUGGCCAGAUACUUUCCAGCAGGGAACAUUGUCAACCAGGGCUACUUUGAAGAAAAUGUCCUGCCUCCAAAGAAGUAAUUUGUCCAAUGGAAUGGGAAAGUGGGAGACAUAGGAAUGCAGCUAUUAAGUGCCUAGAACAACGAAAAAAAAAACAAAACAAACCAGCUGCGAGUCUGUCCCUGUGGAUAUAUGUACUUGUGUGUAUGAUGCGUGUAUCUCCUAAGCACACACUUGAAUGUAUAGCUCUGGAUGAACUCUUUCUUAAAGGAAUUAAUCAAUGUUAAAGAAAUGAGCAUCGGAAGCAUUUAUCUAGAUGGGUACCCACACCACAAUUGUAUUCUGAGAGUUGGGUAGAGGGAAGGGGAACCAAUUAAUUUUUUUCUUUUUGUUGAUUUUAGGAGCCAAUUUCUUUUGUACCUCCCCCCGCCCGCCCCGUGUCCAUCCUUGAACAUUUUCUAUGCCAUAUAUUUGUAAUGCUGAGAACUGAAGAUCAUUCUAUGUGAUUUUCAUGCAUUGAGAUAUCAGUAGAUAUCUCCGAGUAUUAAACCCUCAUUUAACUGUGCCAUAGGACAGCCUGCAUUGACGACCUAGAGCAGCAGCCAGAGUUACUUCACAGAGUCAGUGAGAUUUCUCAGUUGGAAGACAUGAGAUCAUCCACCAUGCCUCCUGGGAUUUGCUAAUGGGAUUGCCAACGAACAAAUAGAGCAAAAGCUUUACUUCCGAGCUCAAUGUUACCCCUGGUUUCUGGGGAGUUGGAGUAGGUCUGGAAUGCACACAUGCACACACACACACACACACACACACACACACACACACACUGCCCCCAGGUGGCCCAGGGGCCUUGUUCUUAGAGAGAGCACUUCACACUGCCUGGGAAACUAGCCAGGAGGCUUGGAGGAUGAAGUCAGUGGUAUGAGGGUGAGGGUGACCUCACUCAGGGCCCCUGGAGGGAGCCCUCCAGACUCUGCCCUACCCCCAUCUUCGAGGCCCCUUCCUGGCAGCUGUGGCCGCAGCUGUGCUGCUGCUCGCUCCUGGAAUGUGUGACUAGCCCAAACGAUCCUGGGUGGUGUCCCAGACAGGGGCUUAGAAAUGCUCAUUUGUUCUGUGUUUUGCCUUAAACUAUACAAAGUCCCUCCCGAAUAGCAGUUUUACAAUGUCUCUCUGGGAUAGAUCAACCCAGAUGCCCAACUGAGUAUCCCUGAACCAAAGCUUCUCCAUCUGCCAGGUUAGCAGGGGCCCAGGGAGAGUUGUUAGCCAGUCAUUGAAACAGCUUCCUGAAAGUCUAAGUUGAACUGUGAACACAGUCUUGUGCUGUACCCUUCAUUUCAUCCAGGGAUAUUGACUAAUAAAACAAUAAAAAUCUUUUUCUUUUGUGUAAUA